UAUUUAUACUUAGAGACAAAAUUAUAACCAAAAUAAAAACCCAUUAUCCACAUUUCUACGUACUCCCUUUGGUUUCCAUUCAAACAUCGUCCCCAUGGAAAACUACUCCUACAAUUCCUACCCAGAAUCCGGCGGAUCCUCACCAAGAUCACGCGAAAUCGACUUCGAAAAUCCGCCUCCGUGGGACGAUCAAACCACUCAAAACUACAAAGUAAAACUUAUGUGUAGUUACGGCGGUAAAAUUCACCCUAGGCCACACGAUAAUCAACUAGCUUACGUCGGCGGUGAAACUAAAAUCCUAUCCGUUGAUCGUAACAUCAAAUUUUCAGUUCUCGUGGCUAAGUUAGCGACUAUUUGUGAUUCUGAUGUCAGUUUUAAGUAUCAAUUGCCAGGUGAAGAUCUUGAUGCUUUGAUUUCAGUCACUAAUGAUGAUGAUCUUGAUCAUAUGAUGAUUGAAUAUGACCGGUUGAACCGUGCUUCUCCUAAACCGGCUCGGUUGAGAUUAUUUUUGUUUCCGGUUCAAGUUCCGGUUAUGACUCCGACGAAUAGUUUUGGCUCUACCGAAGGAAAGUCUGAGCGUGACCGGUUUGUUGAAGCUUUGAAUUCCGGUCCGGUUCAGACAUCUACUCCUCCGGCUUUGGCUGGAAAUGCUGAUUUUUUGUUUGGUUCGGAGAAAGUUGUAGCUCACGCGCCGGUGAAUGUUCCGGUCCCGGUUACGGUUGCUAGAGGUAGAGAGGUUGUGGAUCCGGAUCCGGUUAUCCGACAUCAUGAACCGGAUGGAUCUGAUCGAAUUCAGAAACAUAUAGCUGAUCUCCGGCGGUUAAGGAUAGCAGAAGAUCAACAGCAGCAACAACAACAAAAUAUGUACCGGAGACAAAGUGAUGAGUACGCCGGAGAUUAUUAUGUUCAGAGACCUAUAGAAAAAGUAGCUCCGGCGACGUUACCGGUGUCUGGAUAUCAAAUUUCUGGUGGAUAUCCUGCUUCUGGUGGUGAUCAGCAACCUGUUUAUAUGGUACCAGCACCGGCGAGUAUGUAUCACGCGCCGAUGGCUCGUCCGGUGACUGGACCAGUCAGUCAUGGUCAAACUCAAGGCCAAGGUUACUACACAGUUCAAAGGAUGUCAAAUGAGAUUUACCGUGACCAGCCGGUUUAUAGCGGUAUGCAACCGAUUGCUCAACCGGUUCAACCUGUUGCGACACAAGGUGUAUACAAUCCACCGCCGCAGCAACAACAACAGCAAGCGGCACAACAGUUACAGCAGCAAAAAGUGGGAGAAGGAAUCAGAAUGGUUCAGUCAACGGCUGCGGGAGGGUUGACUGAAGGCGGCGGUUAUGGUCAAGUGGCGUAUGAUAACAGACCUGUUUACUAUACUGCGCAGGGGAAUAUGGUAACGCCACAUCAGCAACCACCACCGCAACAAAAUGCACAACAACAGUAUCUUCAUCAACUAGCAACAACAUUAAGUCAAGAAGGUAAGGUCAUUGCUCCUCCAACUAGUAAGAUCGCUCAAGGUUCUAUCUAAUCGUUAUCGAUUGAUCGAUUUUAAUAAUAAUUAUUAUAUAUACGAUAUGGUAUGAUGUAUGUGAUGAGAAUAAUUGAAUUAUUCAAGGUUGUAAUAUUUGUAUGUGCAUUUGUUUAUAGAGUUACCUUAUAUGUAUAAUAUUUCAAAGUUGAUCGGAAAAUGAUCUAGUGCAACUUAAUACUAAUAAAAAUAAAUAUCGUUUGUCUUCUGAAA